GAAGCGGAAGUCGGGGGGCGCGCCCGCGGUGAGCCAGGGAGCUCGGCGGCGUCUGUCCGGUCCGGGGUCGCCAUGGGGCGAGGCAGCGGCACCUUCGAGCGUCUCCUAGACAAAGCCACAAGCCAGCUUCUCCUGGAGACCGACUGGGAGUCCAUCCUGCAGAUCUGCGACCUGAUCCGUCAGGGGGACACACAAGCAAAAUAUGCCGUAAGUUCCAUCAAGAAGAAAGUCAACGACAAGAAUCCUCAUGUGGCCUUGUAUGCGCUAGAGGUCAUGGAGUCGGUGGUGAAGAACUGUGGGCAGACAGUGCAUGAUGAGGUAGCUAACAAGCAGACCAUGGAGGAGCUGAAGGAGCUGCUCAAGAGGCAAGUGGAAGUAAACGUCCGGAACAAGAUCCUGUACCUGAUCCAGGCCUGGGCACAUGCCUUCCGCAACGAACCCAAGUACAAGGUGGUCCAGGACACUUACCAGAUCAUGAAGGUGGAGGGACAUGUCUUUCCAGAGUUCAAGGAAAGUGAUGCCAUGUUUGCUGCGGAAAGAGCUCCAGACUGGGUGGAUGCUGAGGAAUGCCACCGUUGCAGAGUGCAAUUUGGGGUGGUGACCCGAAAGCACCACUGCCGGGCAUGUGGGCAGAUCUUCUGCGGCAAGUGCUCCUCCAAGUACUCGACCAUCCCCAAGUUUGGCAUUGAGAAGGAGGUGCGCGUCUGUGAGCCCUGCUAUGAGCAGCUUAACAAGAAAGCGGAAGGGAAGGCCGCCUCCACCACAGAGCUGCCUCCGGAGUACCUGACCAGCCCCCUGUCUCAGCAGUCCCAGCUGCCUCCUAAGCGGGAUGAGACAGCCCUGCAGGAGGAGGAGGAGCUGCAGCUGGCCCUGGCCCUGUCACAGUCGGAGGCUGAAGAAAAGGAGAGGCUGAGACAGAAGUCAACAUACACAGCGCAUCCCAAGGCAGACCCCACUCCCCUGGCAUCGUCGGCACCCCCGGCCAGCAGCUUGUAUUCCUCCCCCGUGAACUCGUCGGCGCCUCUGGCUGAGGACAUGGACCCUGAGCUCGCUCGGUACCUCAACCGGAACUACUGGGAGAAGAAGCAGGAAGAGGCUCGGAAGAGCCCUACGCCCUCUGCGCCCGUGCCCCUGACAGAGCCGGCCGCCCAGCCCGGGGAGGGGCACGUGGCCCCUGCCGGUAUGGUGGAGGGUCCCCUCCCAGAGGCAGACUCGCAGCCCAUCACCUCCGGCGGCCCCUUUGCUGAGCAGUACCAGAAUGGGGAGUCGGAGGAGAGCCACGAGCAGUUCCUGAAGGCCCUGCAGAAUGCCGUGACCACCUUCGUCAACCGCAUGAAGAGCAACCACAUGCGGGGCCGCAGCAUCACCAACGACUCCGCAGUGCUCUCUCUCUUCCAGUCCAUCAACAGCAUGCACCCACAGCUGCUAGAGCUGCUCAACCAGCUGGACGAACGCAGGCUGUACUACGAGGGGCUGCAGGAUAAGCUGGCACAGAUCCGUGACGCCAGGGGGGCGCUGAGCGCCUUGCGUGAGGAACAUCGGGAGAAGUUACGCCGGGCAGCCGAGGAGGCGGAGCGCCAGCGCCAGAUCCAGCUGGCCCAGAAGCUGGAGAUCAUGCGGCAGAAGAAGCAGGAGUACCUGGAGGUGCAGCGGCAGUUGGCCAUUCAGCGCCUACAGGAACAGGAGAAGGAGCGGCAGAUGCGCCUAGAACAGCAGAAGCAAACCGUCCAGAUGCGUGCUCAGAUGCCUGCCUUCCCCUUGCCCUACGCCCAGCUCCAGGCCAUGCCUGCAUCUGGGGCUGUGAUCUUCCAGCCCUCGGGUCCCACCAGCUUCCCUGGCGCCUUCAGUCCGGCAAGCUCAGUGGAGGGCUCCCCCAUGCACGGCGUCUACAUGAGCCCCGCAGCGCCAGCUGCCGGCCCCUAUGCCAGCAUGCCCAGCAGCACAGCAGAUCCUAGCAUGGUGAGUGCCUACAUGUAUCCAACAGGGGCUCCCGGGACCCAGGCAGCCCCCCAGGCCCAAGCUGGCCCCACUGCCAGCCCAGCCUACUCCUCCUACCAGCCCACUCCCACCCCAGGCUACCAGAACGUGGCCUCCCAGGCCCCGCAGAGCCUCCCCGCCAUCUCCCAGCCUCCACAGCCCACCACCAUGGGCUACAUGGGGAGUCAGCCGGUGCCCAUGGGCUACCAGCCAUACAGCAUGCAGACUCUCAUGACAACCCUCCCUGGCCAGGACGCAUCUAUACCACCCCAGCAGCCCUACGUUGCCGGGCAGCAGCCCAUGUACCAGCAGGUGGCGCCCUCUGGCGGCCCUCCCCCACAGCAGCCUGCUGUGGCCCAGCAGCCCCCAGCACAAGGACCGCCAGCACAGGGCAGUGAAGCCCAGCUCAUCUCUUUCGACUGAUGCUGCGGCCCUGAACUCACCGUCCAGAGUAACACUAUGGUUCAUUGGAAACCACCCUUGUGUCUAACUAGAUGUUCUGUUCUACCUUCCUCUUCCCCCAAUGCUCUUUAGUGUCCUUUCUGAGAGCAGGGCAUGGGCCCUUGCCCAGCCCUCUGCCCCUCUACCCCUCGUCUGCUGACUCCUGCCACCCUGCUUUGGUCCUGACUUGGUCUCUGACUUUCCCCCAGAGCUUGGCCUCUGGGAGGAAAGGGGGAAGGGAAGGACAUUCCAGUCCCCUAGCCCCAUGGUGUGUGUGGGGGGGGCAAUCUGCAAGAGGUGGCUGGAGUGGGGGCAUUCAGGCCCAUGCAGCCCACUUUCCUCCAAAGUGAGCUGGUGUGGUGUCUGGGCUUUGCCCUGACUCUUGCACAGCAAGGGUAGAGGCUUCAGGCAUCUCCAGCUGCUCUGCUUCUCAGCUGUCAUCUCUCCAUUGGAAAACAGUGAUAAUAAAAUUAUUUCAA